AUGAAAAUCAAAACAAUCAGCCGCUCGGCCGAUGACUAUGUUCCUGUUGGAAACUCAGAAACUGCCCGCCAGCCACGCAAUUUGAGCCCGGAAAUGCACCCUUUCGAGCGGGCCCGCGAAUAUACCCGUGCAUUGAACGCUACAAAGUUGGAUCGCAUGUUUGCUGCGCCCUUUGUUGGUCAAAUGGGUACCGGUCACAUCGAUGGUGUGUACUCUCUUGCAAAAAACCAGCGUCAAUUAGGCGUUAUGGCGAGUGGUAGUGGCGAUGGUAUCAUCAAGGCUUGGAACAUUGGCGCCAGGGAAGAGUUUUUCUCCGUCCAGGCACAUUCAAAUAUCGUUAAGGGCCUUUGUUAUACUCCUAUCUCGCAGCUACUGUCGUGUGGUGCCGAUGGCUAUGUAAAGCUUUGGCAGCCGUCUUCUUCUUCCAAGGAGCCCGUUCAAACUUAUCUUUCUAAUGGUGGCUUAAAUUCUGUCGACCAUCACCGUGACGAAAAUCAAUUCGUCACUGCGGGUGAUACUUUGCAGCUUUGGGAUACCAACAGAUCCAAGCCCAUUGCUUCUCUCACAUGGGGCGCUGACAAUCUCAACUCUGUGCGCUUUAACAUGACAGAGACUUCGAUAUGUGCAUCCACCGGUAACGACAGAUCUAUUGUUAUUUAUGAUAUGCGUACUUCGCUACCCGUUCAGAAAAUGGUCACCUCUUUGUCCAACAAUAGUAUUGCAUGGAACCCAAUGGAGGCAUUCAACUUUGCUGUGGGCAGUGAAGAUCACAAUGCUUAUUUGUAUGACAUGAGAAACCUGAAAAGAGCUCUCAAUGUUUACAAGGACCAUGUGGCCGCUGUUAUGGACGUAGACUUCAGCCCCACGGGCCAAGAGCUUGUGACGGGUAGCUACGACCGCACUAUUCGCAUUUUCAAGUUACAGGAGGGUCAUUCGAGGGAUAUUUAUCACACAAAGCGUAUGCAGAGGGUGUUUUCUGUUCGCUAUUCAAUGGACUCAAAGUACAUUCUUUCCGGAUCAGACGAUGGUAAUGUACGGGUUUGGAGAGCCAACGCAAAUGAGCGGAGCUCUGUCAAGAGCACAAGACAGCGGGCGAAAAUGGAAUACGACGCUGCUCUCACUGAAAGAUUCAAGCACAUGCCUGAAAUUCGUAAGAUUCAGAAGGCUCGGCGCUUGCCCAAGGCCGUCAAAAUUGCCCGCGACAUCAAGAAAGAAGAGCUCGACUCGUUACGCCGUCGUCGUGAUAACCGUAUCAAGAACUCUAAAAAGGGCACUGUUGGCUACGAGAAAGAACGUGAGAAGCACAUUCUUGGAACUGCCAUACAAGAUAAGGAAGAGUAG